AUGCAGUGGUGGAAAGUGAUCCUGAGCUUGGUGGGGCUCGCUGCCCUCUUCAGUUUGGGCAUCAUCCUGGGACACUUCGCCAUUCCCAGGAAGGCUGACCAGCCUGACUCGACUGGCCCAGUCAGUGCCUCCCAGGACCUGGAUCAGGAACUGCUGAAGGCUGUCGUGGGUCAACUGGAUGCCAGCAGAAUCCGGGAGAACCUCAGGGAGCUGUCCUUGGAGCCCCAUAUGGCCACCACCUUAAGGGAUGAAGAUCUCGUCCAGCUCCUUCUGCAGAGAUGGCAGAACCCUGAGUCGGGGCUGGACGCUGCUGAGGAAGGGAUAUACGAGGUGCUACUGUCCUUGCCUCAUCGCGAGCAGCCCAAUACGGUCCGAGUGGUGAGUCCCGAUGGAACCACUCUCUUCACUGCCCAGCACAGUGAGGAAAACCUUACUGGAGAGCAAGGACACCCAGAGGUGGUGCAACCCUAUGCUGCCUAUGCCCCAGCAGGGACCCCUCAGGGUCUUCUGGUCUACGCCAACACGGGCUCGGAGAGUGAUUAUGCCUACCUGAAGGACCAGGGCAUCAACCUCACUGGCACCAUAGCCCUGACCCGCUACGGUGGGGUGGGGCGAGGAGCCAAGGCUGUGAAUGGAGCCAAACAUAGAGUGAUUGGGCUUCUGGUCUACACUGACCCCGGGGACAUCAAUGACAACCUGAGAUUCCCCAAUGAGACUUUUCCCCACUCCUGGGCACUGCCUCCUUCAGGGGUGGAACGUGGUUCUUAUUAUGAGCAUUUUGGGGACCCCAAAACACCCUACUUUCCUGCUACCCCUUCUGCCUUCCGCCUGGAGAAUGCUGACAUCCAGGGUUUCCCCCCAAUUCCCACCCAGCCUAUUAGCUUUGAGGAUGCCCAGCUACUGCUCUGUAACCUCAAAGGGCUCAUAGCCCCUGAUUCCUGGCAGGGGGCCCUGGGAUGUGACUACAGCCUGGGACCAGGUUUCCUGGACAACGGGAAUUUUUUCCAGGACAGUGAGGUGAAUGUCACUGUUCACAACCAGCUGGAACUCAGGAACUCCUCCAACGUCCUGGGAAUCAUCCGGGGGGCCGUGGAGCCUGACCGCUAUGUUCUGUACGGGAAUUAUCGGGACAGCUGGGUCCAUGGGGCUGUUGACCCCAGCAGUAGCACCGCUGUGCUCUUGGAGAUCUCCAGGGUGCUGGGGACCCUGGUGAAGGCUGGAAAGUGGCGACCCCGCCGGUCAAUUGUGUUUGGAAGCUGGGGGGCUGAAGAGUUUGGCCUCAUAGGCUCCACUGAGUUCACAGAAGAGUUCUUCACCAAGCUGCAGGAGCGGGCAGUGGCUUAUAUCAAUGUGGACAUCGCUGUAUUUGCCAAUGCUACCCUGAGGGUACAGGGGACCCCCCCUGCCCAGAGUGUUAUCUUCACUGCAGCAAAACAGGUCCCAGCACCAGGGAAGAGUGGGCUGACAGUUUAUGACAAUUGGCUCCAAUAUAACAAUCGAAGCAGCCCAGUUCACGGCAUCAUACCCAGCCUGGGCUCCUUGGCCUCCGGCAGUGACUAUGCCGCCUUCAUCCACUUCCUGGGAAUCACCUCCAUGGACACUGCCUACACCUAUGACCCGAGCAAAACUUCAGCCCGGACCUACCCCACCUACCCCACUGCCUUCAACACCUUCCAGUAUGUGGAGACGUUUCUUGACCCUGGCUUCACCAGCCACCAUGCAGUGGCCCAGACAGUUGUCACCGUCCUGCUGCAUUUCAGUGACAGCCUUCUGCUGCCCCUCAAUGUCAGUGACUACAGCGAGACCCUCUGGAGCUUCCUCCAGGGUGCCCAGGAUGAGCUGGGGCCCCUGCUGGGACAGCAAAGCAUCGAUCUGGGGCCUCUGGUGUCAGCUGUUGAGAGGUUUGAACAGGCAGCAGCUGCCCUGGAUCAGCGCAUUGAAACCCUCAAGGAGAACCUGUCUGACCCCCUAAAGGUACGGAUGGUGAAUGACCAGCUCAUGCUCCUGGAACGAGCCUUCCUGAACACUCAUGCCUUCCCCGAAGAAUACUACUACAGUCACGUGCUCUGGGCCCCUUGAACGUCCAACGUGAUGACAUUCCCCGGCCUGGCCAAUGCCUAUGACGAGGCCGUAAAGACACCAAACGACCCCAGCACCUGGGCCAAGGUCAAGAAGCAGCUCAGCAUUGCCGUGAUGGCCGUGGAAGGUGCAGCAGCCACCCUGGAGCCUGUGGCCGACUUCUGA